AUGAGCUUCAUGGACAAAUUAAAUAUUAGUAAAUGUCGUGGGUUGGACCCCUCAACUCAAUCUAACUAUUCUGACUUUAAAGUCAACGAUACCACCCUCGACUUGGCGGUAUCAUUUGAAAAUAGGGCUAUCGAAGGGGUAGUCUUAUACAACUUAUUCAACAAAACAGGUACUGACCAACUUGUCCUUGACACGAAUGUCCUUAGAAUUAAGGAUGUCAAAGUGAAUGAUUCGCCUGCUGCUUUCGAAUUAGAGAUGGCCAAACCAGUGGUGGGAUCAGCAUUGCAUAUAUCUAUACCUAGAGAGUCCACCAUAAAAAUAGAGAUUUCAUUCGAAACUACAGAGGAAUGUACAGCCAUCAAGUUUAUGAUGGGUGACACAGGUCCAUUCGUAUUCUCCCAGUGCCAGGCAAUUCACGCACGUAGCUUGUUCCCGUGCUUUGACACCCCUGCAGUGAAAUCCCCCUUCAAAUUUUUUGCAAAGUCUCCCGCAAGAGUAACAAUGUCGGGAAGGCCAAUAGUCAGCAAAAUACCUGAUGUGUACCUGUUUGAUCAGCCUAUUCCGAUUCCCUCAUACCUUGUAUCGUUAACUUCGGGAAAUUUACAUAAAGCACCAAUUGGACCAAGGUCAGACAUAUAUAGUGAACCCACAAAUUUGAAACAAUGUCAGUGGGAAUUUGAAAAGGAUAUGGAAAAUUAUAUUCAGAUUGCGGAAGCGUUGGUCUUUGAUUAUGAAUGGGAACGAUUUGAUGCAUUAGUUUUACCUUCUUCUUUCCCCUAUGGUGGUAUGGAAAUUCCAAACAUGACACAAUUGACGCCUACCUUGGUGUGCGGAGAUCGCUCUCAAACCACUGUCAUGGCGCAUGAAUUGGCUCACUCUUGGUCAGGAAACUUGGUGACAAAUUGCUCAUGGGAACAUUUUUGGCUUAAUGAAGGUUGGACGGUUUAUUUAGAACGAAGAAUUUUGGGUGCUAUUGCCGCUAAGGAAGCCAGAUCGCAAGGGAAAAGCGAGGAUGAGUCAAGAGCUUAUGGUGAGCAGGCCAGGCAGUUCGAUAUGUUAUCCGGCUGGAACUCUUUGGUUGAAACCUGUGAUUCGUUUGAUCCACAAUAUACCAAAUUAGUCAUUGAUUUGAAAGGAAAGGAUCCAGAUGAUUCAUUUUCAAGGAUCCCAUAUGAGAAAGGGUUCUUCUUUUUGUAUCUUUUGGAAAAGAAACUAGGGGGCGUUGAACACUUUGACCCAUUCAUCAAGUUUUACUUUAAGAAAUUUAGAUACAAGUCGUUGGAUACGGCUGAUUUUGUGGAAACAUUGUACGAAUUUUUUUCUCCUUUGGGUAAGAAAGAUGUGCUUGACAGUAUUGAUUGGAACAAGCAACUAUUUUCCUCUGGUGUUCCUGAUGAACCAGUUUUAGAUACGUCCUUAGCUGAUGAGGUCUACGAGUACGGAAGAAAAUGGGUUGAUUUUGUUCAAAAGGGGGACUUUUCCUUAAUUCCAUUUAGUGAUGCUGAUACAUCUUCUUUUCUGAUAGAGCAAAACAUAUUCUUUUUGGAGUACUUGCUGGAAAAGUUUAAAUCAAUAGAAGUGCCUCCUGAACUUGUAAAGAAGUUACCUUCGGUUUAUCCAAAGUAUGCAAGGAGUCAAAACGGAGAAUUUAUCACCACUUGGAAUGACAUUUUAAUACGUAAUGGUAAUUACAAUGCCGAAGAUGAAGUGGUGAAGAGGUUUGCUAACUGGUUGGGUCAUACGGGAAGAAUGAAAUAUGCCCGUCCGGGGUAUUUGCUUUUGAAGAACGGGGUGAGUAGCGAAUUUGCAAUUUCUCAGUUUAAAAAGCACGAAUCAUUUUACCACCCAAUCUGCAGAGCCAUGAUUGAAAAGGAUUUAGGAUUAGCGUAA